GGGCAAUCUCAAAAAUCAGAAACGAUUCACCAACUUUCUUUUCUUUUUUGUAGCUCUCAGUAUAACAAAAUGAAUAACUUUAUGAAAUUAUUCUCAAUUUUCUUGUUCAUCCAAAUCCAAAUAGCCUUGUCUCAACCAAAUCUUAUACAACAGCUCUGCAAAACAAACCGUUAUCAACCUCUAUGCGUCUCUACUCUCAAUCUUAAUCCUAGAAGCAAAACCUCAGAUCUCCAAGGGCUUGCGUCGAUCUCUAUCGAUGCGACAACAAAGAAAGCGAACGAUACAUUAACUUAUCUCAUCUCCGAGUUACGGCGCACUGGAGGAGAUCGCUCAGCUUUUGAGAAGUACGGAACUUGCGUUGAUCAGGAUUACGGUGCGUCUAGUGAUAGGUAUUUGCCGGGGGCUUUGGCUAAUCUACAGGCUAAGAAGUACUCUGCUGCGAUAGCUAACUUGCAAGACGUUGUGAAGGCGUCGGGUGAUUGUGAGAACCAGUUCGCCGGAAGUUGUCCAUUACCGGUGAGCCAACGUAACAAAGCCGUUCAUGAUAUUGCCGAUAUGACUACUGACAUCAUCAAAACUUUUGUCUAGUAUCUUUAUUUUUGCUAUAAACGUUGCAAAAAUUUAGAGGCAAAAUUAAAAAAAAAAAAAUCAAUAAAAGCGAAUAAGAUUAUGGAGUUUCCAGU